AUGCGUGAAUUGACAGAGGAAGAAGCCAAAGUGCUUUUCUCCAAGCUUGCCAACUACACUGGUCGAUCCUUGAACAAUCUGAUUGCGCCUCCCGAGGGUGAUCAGACUGAGCGCCACGUCUUCCGUCUCCAGGGUUCUCGCGUGUACUAUCUUCCUCUGCGGUUGGCCAACUAUGCCACGAGUAUUCCUCGCGCAAACCUGCUAUCAGCAGGUACUAUCAUUCAGGGUAAAUUCACGAAGACAAUGAAGUUCCGACUCCACAUUACCGCGCUCUCGGUCAUCGCUCCUCACAGUCGGUACAAGGUCUGGAUCAAGGCGAACGGAGAGAUGCCGUUCCUGUACGGUGGAAACGUUUUGAAAGCUCAUGCCGCUCGCUGGAGCGAGGACUGCCCGGAGCACAGCGGUGUUGUCGUUUACAGUAUGAACGAUGAGCCUCUCGGUUUUGGUGUCACUGCGCGCUCGACAGCUGAAGCCAAGAAGCUUGAGCCCACUGGAAUCGUGGUCUUCCGCCAGGCCGAUGCAGGCGAGUACCUGAGAGAGGAGGAUUCCCUGUUCACCGCUUAA